AUGGCAAAUUCUAGCAAUGAUGAAAGAGGAAAAUGUUCCAAGCUUUAUCAAUCCAAAGCGGAGAGUAACGAUGUUGAGAUUCAACAUAAGAGAGUCUACAGAGAGUGGGAUGACUUGAGAAAUCUUUUUGUACAAGGAGCUAUGGGAAGUAAGAUCAUUGUAACUACACGUAAGGAGAGUGUUUCCCAGAUGAUGGGUAGUGGGGCAAUAAACGUGGGGAUUCUGUCUAGUGCAGACUCUUGGGCUUUAUUCAAACGACAUUCUCUAGAAAAUAGGGCUCCUCCGAAGGAAUAUCCAGAACUUGAAGAGGCACUUUCUGGUAGUUUAUGCUACAAAUCAGAGGUGGAUGAGUGGACAGACGUUUUAAGAAGUGAAAUAUGGGAGCAGACUUUGAAUGAUGUUUUACCAGCAUUGAUGUUGAGCUACAAUGAUCUUCCUGCACAUUUGAAGCAAUGUUUUUCUUUUUGCGCAAUAUAUCCCAAAGAUUAUCAAUUUUGCAAAGAGCAAGUUAUUCACCUGUGGAUUGCUAAUGGUCUUGUACAACAGUUGCAUUCUGGUCACCAAUACUUUAACGAGUUGAGAUCAAGAUCAUUGUUCGAAAGGGUCCCAGAGUCUUCUGUAAGAGAUGGAGGGAAAUUCUUAAUGCAUGAUCUUGUCAAUGAUUUGGCCCAAAUUGCAUCUUCAAAACUUUGUUUGAGGACAUUGCUUCCAGUCAAUAUCCAGCGCCUUCGCUACUCUGAUCUAAGCAAGAGGGUGCUGCGUAACAUACUUCCAAGGCUAACAUAUUUAAGGGCAUUAUCAUUGUCACGUUAUGAGAUUGAGGAGUUGCCGGAUGCUUUGUUUAUCAAAUUAAAGCUCCUCAGAUUUUUGGACCUUUCUUGGACAGAGAUUAAAAAGUUGCCAGAUUCCAUUUGUGUACUGUAUAACUUAGAGACGCUUCUCCUGUCAUCUUGUAAAUAUCUUGAGGAGCUACCGCUGCAGAUGGAAAAGCUAAUCAACUUGCGGCACCUUGACAUUAAAGAAACUGCUGCUGCUGCUGAAAAGAAUAAUGAAACUGCAGCUACUGCUGAACAGAGAAGCAGAAGAUUGAUAUUAGAACGAAUUGUGUUUAUUCAUCAGUUGGUGGUUAAUAUAUAG